AUGGCUACGGACAAGCGACUCCGCCCCACCAGCUACUCGGAGAGCUCCGACACCGAGUCACCGGCGGACAAGCAGCUGCGCCUGGAGUCGGGGAGCGAUGAGGCGGCCCUUAUCCCUCUCCCCGACUCCUCUGAUGAGGAUUGGGUGAUAGUGAGGAAGAAGCGUGACCGUAACCACCGCUCCAACCCACCUCCGCCACCUUCGCCUCCCCGCUCCCGCUCGACACUUGGCACCGCUAACUCUCCGACCUCUGCUACCCCCACCCUGACCAACGGCUCACGCCCGACGCCGUUCCCCCGUACCACCGCUGCUGCCUCCCCUGCCUCCACUGCUGCCACCUCACCUGCCUCCACCGCUGCUCCUUCACCUGCCUCCGCCGCUACUACCCCACCUGCCUCCGCCGCUGCCCAUACCACCCUGCUCGGUGCCGUCUCGCACCCCGAGCAGGCUGCUACUCGCCAAGCUGCUACGGCCCCUGCCAGACCCAAGGUUGUCGUCCCUCCUACACCGGGAUUCGACACUGCCCUCGAUUUGACGGACGCCCUGGAGGAACAACUCGGGCUCCGCUUCCAGAUGCGCUUCCUGGAGAGUGGCAGCGUACUGGUCACCCCGCCAUCCGAGGAAGCCCUCCGCGCCCUCCUGGACACCACGUCGGUGCGCGGGAAGGCGGUGCAGCUGCGGCUGAUGGGCGACGCAACCACCAAGGGGGUGGUGACGUCGUACCCGUUAGCCAUGCCUCUCAAGGCUCUCCUCCGCCACCCGAGCGUCGUCACGGCGGAGCGGUGCCAGACGCGGGACAACCUUGCCACGAGGCAGGUCCUCAUCUCGGUGAGGGGCCCCAUGCCGGGCAUGCUCGACCUAGGGAGCUGGGGCGUCUUUUACACGCGCCUCUUCAACACCGAGCCCCUGAGGUGCUACCGAUGCCAGCAGUACGGCCACCAUCGCUCCCGCUGCAAUCGCCAGGCAGUGUGCGGCAUGUGCUCGGGGCCGCACAUGACGGAAGCCUGCCAAGCGAAGUACAAGGCUGGCGAGAACGUGCCCGCCCUCUGCCCCAACUGCCGCCAGCACCAUCACGCGUGGAGCCGCCGCUGCCCCUCCCGGUUGAACAUCGUGGACCGGGGAAUACAGCGACAGGAGGAGUGGCGUGCAGCGCACAACCCCUCUCGGCCGGCGUGGACCGGGCGGUCCCGCUCGAGGUCCCAGCGUCAGCCCGCCCCUCCCGGCCCCACAACGCUCGCCUCCCAGGAGCACUUCUCGGCCCUCCCACCACCGGGCGCAUCUCGAGGCAACGCUGCUCCGGCUGUGCCACUGCCCGCCACGCCUCCCCACCCGGCCUCCACCUCAACACCUGCCACGCCCCCACGCCCGGCGUCCGCCUCGGGCCCCUCCGCGCAGCAGGAGCAACGCACUCCCGCACUGCCUCCACCGGCCCUUCCCCAGCGCGUGAGCGCGCCAGCUGCACCCCUGGUCCCUCCUCCCGGCCAUGUCCUGGUCACCAGGGCUGCGCUGGAGGGGGUGCUGGCGAGCUUCACUCUGGCGUUGACCGGCCUCCUACAGCUCACACCGGACGAGGCGGCGCUACGGGUCAUCGCGAAGGCGACGGUGGAGGAGUGCUUCCCCACCGUCGCCAGUCCGGCCGCGUCUCCCGCCACCCCGCUGCAAACUCCAGUGGCUGCGCCUCCAACUGCACAGACCCUGGCCAGCGAGGACGCACCACCUCCCGUGGGGGAGGCCCGCAUGGAGGUCGACGCGCCCUCCCGGUCCUCUCAGCCAGCGGUGGUACCCGCCGUGGCGGUGGCCCGGCCGGCGCCGGCAACCCAGACCGCCAAGCCCCGCUCACACAUCCCCGUGCGAAUGGCUCCAGCACGCUCCCGCAUCCCGUAG